AUGCGCUCUUCUCAGCUCUUGCAGGGUUUCAAUUCCCACAUCAAUUUCAUUGCUGUCAGACAGGCCUUGGACGAAGACUUCUCGGCAAUACAUCGAGAAGGAGAUGAUAGUAUGCAAACAAUCGAAGAUCAAGAAGGCAAGCCGGUUUGGGAUAAGCCUGUUGCUGUUGACGAAAAGUGGAUUGAAUCCGUCGAUGACAAUGUCUCAGCAAAGUUGCCACCAGGCUCCAAGAUCAAAGACAUCGCCUCUUUCGGGUUCAGCUACUGGACACGUACAGCCAAGAUCUCAACCGUGCAAGCUGACGGUUCGGAUUUAUUUUUCUUUCUGAAGGUCACGCAGAAUAACACCGGCAAAGCCAUGGUCGACGGCGAGUUCGUUUCAAUGUUAUCGCUUUACAAGGCGCUCCCGUACAUCGUCCCCCACCCCUAUGCUUCAGGAACUUACGCUUCCGACCCCAACAUUCACUUCUUCCUCUGCGGCUUUGUAGACAUGGACGAAGACCUUCCUGACGUUCAGAAAUUGGUGCACGGUCUGGCAGAACUGCACAUGAACGGCGUAAACCCGGUCGGUAAAUAUGGCUUUCAUGUGCCAACUCUUCAAGGCACGAUACCUCAGUACACUGAGUGGACUCAGACGUGGGAAGAGUUCUUUUCUCAUUCCAUCAGACGCGUCUUUGAGAACGAAGAGAAGUCGCAGGGGUAUGACGAGGAAGUGCAUGAACUGUGUAGGUUGACUCUUGAGAAAGUGGUGCCUCGAUUGCUUCGGCCAUUGGAGACUGGCGGUAGGAUGAUCAAGCCGAGAUUGGUCCAUGGUGAUAUUUGGGACGGCAACGUCUCCACAGACCUAAACUCGAACACACCUGUGAUUUAUGAUGCUACCUGCAUAUAUGCUCACAAUGAAAUCGAACUUGCGCCUUUGCGACCAAUCCGCCAUAAGAUGGGAAAGCAAUACGUGAAAGCCUAUUUCGAACACUUCCAAAUGUCAGACCCAGAAGAAGACCAGGACGAUCGGAAUGCUUUGUACUGCCUUCGCUGGGAUAUGAAUUGCUCAACAUUGUACCCCGGCAAUCUUCGAUACAGAAAGAUGUGCACCGAUGUGAUGCGCUACUUCGUCGAUAAAUUUCCGAACGGUUAUGAGGGCUGGGCGAAGGAGAGAGGGAAAAGCCGGUUACCAGAGACUAUCUGA